AUGGAUUAUUCCAAGUUGCGAGCUGCCGCUUUGCGAGACGGUGAAGACGAAGAAGCUGUUACUGUCGAUACCCGCGCUCUAAUCGACAAGGUUCUUGCAAGAUACUCGGGAGAAUGGACAACACUUCGAGAGCUGAUUCAAAACGCCGCUGAUGCCCAGGCAAAGACGGUCAGCGUCAAGUGGGAAACGCUUCCCUCGACACAAGUGCCGCUCCCAAGCACAACGAACCGAUCCGAAAUACUGAAGCACACUUUGUCAAACCAUACAUUACGCCGAUUAGUCGUACAGAACGAUGGACAGCCAUUUACAAAGACGGACUGGGGAAGACUGAAGCGCAUUGCUGAGGGUAACCCUGACGAGACCAAGAUCGGUGCCUUCGGUGUUGGUUUCUACAGUGUCUUUGCCGAUUGCGAGGAGCCCUUUGUCAGCUCCGGCGAUCAGGCCAUGGCAUUCUACUGGAAGGGAAAUGCGCUCUUCACCAAGAAGUCCCAGAUACCGGCGGAUCAGGCAACCCAUCAUACAACAUUCGUCCUCGACUACCGAAAUAACACCACACCCCUACCGAACCUGUUAUCCGUUAGCCAGUUUCUCGCUACCAGUUUGACCUUUGUUGCGCUUGAGCACAUCGAGUUUUGGAUAGAUGACUACCGGGUCUUAUCUCUUAAAAAGAAAUCCUCACCUAGCGUUGAGCUUCCUCUACCCCGGGAUCUAGAGGCAAGGACCAAGGAUGGUUUGAUGAAAGUGACGAGCGUCGAUCGCACAAGUACGCAGAUUGAUGCGUCUUACAUGGCUGCUAUAGGAUGGAAACCGCAAGCUACAGCAUCCACCACAAAGACUGAUUCAUACGGCGCCCCAGAGGCUCCCUCGUUGAGAUCUUUCUUCGCUCGACUUACAUCAUCUGCAUCGCAGGCUGGUAUCAGAACCAAGGCUCAAAACGAGGAGAAUGCGGCUCAGGUGACUAUUGCCGAAGAUGUUACCAAACUCUCAACGUCGACGAUCUUUCUUCGGGCAACCUCUGCAAGCAUCCGCACGAGCGUGGCCACUAACUUUGCAUCCGAACUUGAGAGAGCUACAAAGAAACCUCCGCCAAAGACAACUAAGAUUGCAAUUCUGACUUCUUCCUACGAUGAGGCUCAGGCGUCUCAAGAAGCUGCUUCUCCUGGUGCACUUGGCAAGGCUACUGAUGUCUUCGCUUCUGUACUUCCUAACAAGAAGCCGGGCGGCCGCAUUUUUAUUGGCUUUCCUACAAUGCAAACCACUGGUGCAGGGAUGCAUGUUUCAGCGCCAUCGAUCAUUCCAACGGUUGAAAGAGAGGCCAUUGACUUGAAUGCGCGUUGGGUCAGAACAUGGAACCUUGAGAUCCUCCGUGCUGCAGGUAUUAUCACUCGGCUUGCGUUUGCAAACGAGAUGAGCGACUUGAGCAGUCGAAUCAGGCAGAUCAUGGCUAAGGAACCCAAGUUCUCCCCGGCUGUCAUCGCAAAGUAUAUGCCCGAGGCUCUUCAUAUCCUAAAGACCUUCACUUUUGGCGACUCUACUCCCAGUGGGCAAGUUGGUCAAAUCAUCGAGGAAGCCUUUUGGAUGUGCUUCAAGAAGGCCUCAAUCGAGACCUACUCGACUCGAGGUGUGCUACAAACAGCGGAUGUUCGUAUUGCCUCGGAUGAAAUGAGCAAAUUUGUUGAUAGCAUACCCGUCGUGCCUGAGGAGAUGAAGGGUGUUCCGUUCGUGAAGAAGCUUAUAGACUUUGGUCUCAUCUCGCACAUUACUGUCACAGAUGUGAAGAAGGAGCUAGAGACAAAGGCAAUGAACAAAAUACAACUAAUGAACUUUAUCAGCUGGGCAGGUAAAAAGAGUUUGAGUGGUGAGCUCGACCCCGGCAGUCGAUCCGCUCUGCUUGAGGUUGCUGUUGGUACGAUGAGUGAUGAUGGAGAACAGGGCGAGAUUAUCGCUCUUGGAAGCAUCACAAACCAUCUUAUCACAAACAGGAUUCCUGCCAGCUUACCUAUUCCCCCUACAACUAUUCCCCAUGCGCUUACAGCGAAUUCUCAACUAGCCGAACUGCGCGCUCUAGGAUGGGAGCCGUUAGAGGUCCUCCCUUGGCUGCGAUUCCUCUUGGACACGAAUUCAUCCAGACCCGAGGACCAAAGCCUCACACAAUCUCCCAAAUUUGCUAUCCAGGUGUUGACAGUUCUGUCAAAGAAUUUCGAAAACUCCAGUCCUGGCACAAGAAUAACUAUUGUCUCGCUCCUGCAGGCCAACACAGUGGUUCCCACGAAGCAGGGAAUGAAGAGACCGACAGAGUCCUUCUUCCCCAUUGUCAAGCUGUUUGAUGACCUUCCGGUCAUUCAAGGUUGCGACAAGAUCAAGGAGAGGUUCCUGGUGACAAUUGGUGUCCGCAAAACGGUUGAUCUAGAGACUAUCUUCACUAGACUGCUCAACGCUUCAAGUGAAGGGCAACAGAAGUGGAGCCAUAUCGAGCUCAUCAAGUACCUGGCGUCUGUCCGCGAGGAUAUUCCUGGUGAAGAUCUCAGCAAGCUUAAGCAGACACGCUUCUGCCCUGCCGAGGCCGGUCCAAAAGGCAUGGAGUCCACUAAGGCAUCAGAAACGUUAUACAAGGUCUCAGAACUAUUUGAGCCAAAGGAUGCUAUCCGUGGUUUGCGGUUGCCUGUUCUCCAAUGGCCUGGUCCUCCCGGUAGCUACAGACCGGGCAGUCAAGAGGCCAGGUUUCUCAACUCACUUGGUCUCAGACCUUAUCCAUCUGUUCCUGAGCUCGUUGAACUGAUGUCGGGUAAAGACGAGACUCUUCGGGUUUCCUCGAUGACGUAUUUCCUUGCCAAUCACCAGAUCAACGGGUACGGGUCCUUCCAGCUUGGUGGUAGCCCCAAGGCAAUCAUGCCUCUGCAAGGAAGCACAAAGCUUGUACCCCCCUCGCAGUGUUUCUAUAAUCCUCGGGCCUCUAUUCUUGGUUUCAAUAUCCUAAGAAGGGAUCUACAUGACCAUGCCGUCAAGUUCGGGGUAGCGAGAGACCCACCAAUGGCCGAUUGUGUAAACCGCUUUUUGGCAUCACCGCCUCAGGAUCACCAGAACGCCGUGGCACUCUUCAGUUACUUUGCUUCUCGAAUCGCUGAUUUGGGUGAAAACUACCUUUUCAAACUACGGGAUGCCCCUAUAGUCCCUAUUACACGAACUUCCCAAUCGGCGGAGAAGCCAAAGCGUACCCAGGUUCAUGUCAGUCCUUCUCGAGUGUACCUCGGUUCCUCGACAACCUACGGCGAUAUAUUCGACUUCGUUGACUUUGGAUCUGAGGCGAAUGCAUUCUUGUUCCAAUGUGGUGCCAAGAGUGAGCCUACCAAAUCAGAAGUGGCACAUAUGGCGUGCACCGAACCAGCUCGUCUUCUUGGUGUGCUUCAAAGCUCGGAGAAGUACUUGGAUCUUCUUAAGUCCCUGGCUGAGGCGUCAUCUACCCUUCAUAGAGACAAGGACCUUUGGAGACGGAUGAAGUCAGCGCCCUUCCUCCUCGCGUACAAGGAAUUGGCGCCACCCAAGAAGCAGUCAGAUGACCUGGAGGAGGAGGAUGAGCCCAUCCGACAAUACCAGCUCGCAUCUGCCCAUCAAAUUGUGAUCCUAGACGACAUCAUUAGCUACAGACUAUUCAAGGAUCAGCUCAUUUGUGCACCGGAGGAGGAUGCUCUUGAGACAUUCUAUCUGUCGCUCGGGGCACAGAGGCUGAGUAGCAUCGUUCGAGAGGAGAUUAGAAUUGGACCUCACAGCGAUAGACAAAAGCUUGCUCUUACUCUGCGCAAACAUGUCGUCGAGAGAUCAAAGAUCUUCCUCUUCGAGUAUGCAAACUAUAGGCGCGACGCUAUCAAGCAUGACGCAAAAUGGUUGGAGAAAAAUCUGACAGUCGAUGUCGUUCACUCAGUGGCUUUAAGAAGAACCCUUCAGGGCCAGCACCAGACUCAUACAGAGAAGCGGUCAGCUGCGAGCAAGAAAACCAAUAACGGUUGGAUCAUGUAUGUUGCUGAUGAAGCAAAGCCCGACAUGUACCAAAUUGGACAAGCUAUUUGCCAGAUGCUAUUGAGCCGUCCAAACCAACAGGCCUACCUCUUCUUUGAGCCGUUCCUAACGCUGGAUCUUUACGGCUUGAGAAACCGUGGUUACAAUGUCGACCGAAUUCUGCGGGCCAAGGCGGCCGAAGCCAGAAUCGCUGAAGAAGAGAGGCGAAAGGCUUUGGAAGAGGAGCAACGCCAAAUUAAGGAGAAGGAGCAGCAAUGGGGAGCAGAGGCCAAGGCGGCCGAAGCUGCACGUGAAGCUACCAGGGUACCAGAGCCUCUUGGUCCAACAAUGCCAGGUUCAUGGGAGUCACCAGAGCAAUCCAAGCCUACUCAAGAACAACAGAACAGGAAGAGUAGAGGGUUGUUCUCCAACCUGACUCGUCGGCUUGGAUUUGACACGGAGCAAGAUGGUGACGAGUCCCGCAAGGAGCUGAACAAGUUCUUGGACAAGUCCAAGGAGAUUGAGGCGCCUGGCAGCAGCUCGUCUAAUUCUGGAAAGCGACCGCAAGAUGAGGGCAGGGUGACAAGCCCCGCGGUGGUUCAACAGAAUUUGCUCAAUGCUGUCAAGUCAACCCGGGCGUAUGGAUCUGAUAGUGUCUUUUCAGAGCCUCAGGUCAAUGAAGUCAAGGAGCAAGCCACUUACUGUGACAAGACGCCGGCACAAAAUAUUACCUUCAUCGCUGAAACUUCGAAUGGCAUGAAAGUUUUUGUCUCCAGAGAUAUUAAGGAUUCUGGCGCAUUCCUCUCGAAACACUUAACCAACCUCAACGUGUUUUCCAGCUUGUUGAUUGAGGUAGGCAACGUUUACUCCAUGUCACCCAAGGUCUUGCACAUCUUUUACGAUGAGGCCGGCGGCACAAUCGCAUUCAACACCGGAGGCAGUAUAUUCUGCAACUUCAGAUUCUUCCUGCAGCUUCAUGCCGCUCAGAUCGAGGGGAGAAGCGGGCAGGCAAAAGCAGAGGCUGCGACCUGGUGGUGGGUUGUUUUGGCGCAUGAACUGGCACACAAUCUCGUGUCGCCCCAUAACUCAGAUCACAGCUACUACACUGAAUCAUUCAUUCAGCAGUAUUUCUCCAAGAUCGUGGCAAAGGCGGCUCAGUGGUCCGCCAACUCCACACCUCUCAAUCAAAUGCCCUCGAUAGCGCCACCGUCAUCUGGAGCACCACCUCCUUAUCCUGGUGGAUUGGAUAGGAGCUUGUUAGAUUGA